UAGCCAGGCCGCCGUUGUAAAAAAGAAUGAAUUCUUAAAUACUGACCUGGUUGAGUAAAGAUGAAAUGAAUAGUAUGAAACAAAACUCUCCCUGUGUAGUAAACUUAACAUAACACUUUGAACAUGUUCAGGUCAAAAGGUUAGACACAUACUGCAAGGCUUUUAGUCACGUCCAAAAGACACAGAUUACUUGAUAAAGAGCUGAACGCUUCAAGAAGUCAUGUUCGUCUGUCCACAAAGAGGAGCUGCUGAUGAGAGUUGACACAGAGCUGAUAAGGUGAGUGGUGUCAGUGUUUGUACGACACUCACAAGGAGACCUCAGAGCAGAAUGGCUGCAGUCACAGAGCUCUGCUUCCUGCUGUUUGCGCUCAUCAACAACAUUCAUGCAGAAGAACUCAUCACUAUCAAGAAAGAAGGGCACUCUUACACCUUCCACCUCCCCAAGGAGGCCAGCUCCUGCCUGAUCUCCAGAUUUGUUGGUGAGGAGAAGCUUGUCCUGUGGAACACCUCUGACCUCUGGUCCCACAACUCCACAGUACCUGAAGACUUGAAACAACGACUCUCAGUUGUCAGCAGGAAGAAUAGUUCUUCUUACAUCAUCCACAACCUGACCCAUUCAGACUCCGGCCUGUACCAAGAGCAGUGUUGGACCGACGGCAAAGUCACAUAUGAGAGAAACAGCAGUGUCAUUAUCUGUAGCUCAGUGAAUCAAAAAGAUUAUAUUACACUGACAUCUGAAGAAUCAAGGGACGUGCCAUGUUCUGGAGCAGCUGACAAUCUGGAUUUCCUGUGGCUCAAACGUGACUUUACAUAUGAACAAGAAAUAUGGAAGAAAGUUUUUGGGGACAAUACGACAUCAGUGAUGGACGAAGAUGGAGGAAGAUACCAAGUGGCGAAAAACUCAUCAGCUCUGCGUGUAUUCAACCCAACAACAACAGUCAUUACAGAGUUCACCUGUCUGGUGAUGAACCAACAGCAGUGUGUUAGCAGUGAACGUGCAGAGUUAAACCUGAAGAUAGAGACAAUCUACGGCUCAGUGGGAGAGACGGCUGUGUUGCCGUGCACUGUGACUGACCUCAGUGAUGACCAGCCCCCACGUUGGAUGAUAAACAAGAAUGAACUAAACAACAGAACAAACCAGGCUGUGCCUUCAGUGGACCAAAACUACUCUCUGGUGUUUUCAUCACUGACAUUAAAUCACACAGGUCUGUACUUGUGUAAAACCUCUCUCAGGGUGAAAAAGUAUUUUCUGGUGGUGUGUCCUAAAUUUGGUCCUCCUGCUGUCGAGCUCUUCUCAGAGGGAGAAGAAGUCAGUCUACAAUGCAAAGAUUUGAAGAACGGUGAGUGGCUUUUUUGGUUCAUCAAGUCGAACCAAACAGAAGGCAGAAUUGUUACUAUAUACACGAGUCAGACCAUGAGCAGAGUGAGCAUUGGCUCUGAGUGGAGUUUGGUUAUCUCUAAUGUCUCACUGAAAGACACAGGAGAGUAUUGGUGUGCAGUUUUUAACCAAAACCGUCGGUGUGUGCCAUCAGUCAAAACUGUGUUAAUGUACAGAGAUCCCUUUGGGAUUCACUCCACCUUCUACACAGUGAGAUGCUCAGUGCUCAGUGGUCUGCUGGUGAUGCUCUGUGUUGUUGUAGUGGCUGUGAAUCAGAGGAGCAGGAGAGGAGAGCAGCUUUCAGCUCAGACACACAGUUAAUAUGCAUAUGUUCAUUUCCUCACUGUCUGUCUGUGACAAUGUCAAAAGUACAAGAGGUGAAAUAGAAGAUGGGAAAAAAGACAAAUGAAUACAAAACAAUCAGAAUAAUGAUAGAAAGAAUGUUGGGAGAAAAAGUUGACAAGUUUAGAAGUCAAGCUUUGAUCCUGACAGGGUGCAGAUAUAUAUGUAUAUAUGAUAUAUAUUGUAGUUAGUUUGUCUUUGUGUUGUUGUGGAUCCAUGUGAUUAUAGGGAUGACUGCUUUGGGCUGCACCCUGACACACAGCAGGGGGCUGCUCUGUUAUGUCAUAUUGUUUGGAAUAUUUUGGAACAUUUCACUAAUCAAUCUUUGAACAUUGCUUUCACCUCAGCUGUUGUUUUUGAUCAUUUGACUGAUGUGUAUCUUGUGUUAUUGUACUGAUGUUUGAUUUGAAAUGAUUCUGUGAUUCUUUUAUUCUAUGUGAAGGAAUCUGAGUUGCCUUUUAUGCAUUUAUAAUUGUUGUAUGUUGGGGUGUUGUCAGUGUUAUAUGAUUGUUAUUAUA